AAAGGACAGAUAUACAAUAAGAUGGCAAUUCUAUCAUAACACUGAUGUUAUUUCUCAUAUUUAAAGGAUAAGUUACACAUUUCAAACAAGUUAAUACUAUUCGUUCACAUUUGUAUUAAUUAUUUAUCCUCAGAUAUGAUACAUUCGAUAUCAUAUACGGUUUUACGACUGGCACGUCGAAAAACUAGUGGAACCGCAAAUUUGUUUUUCACUAACGCUCGCAUUGGUUUCGAUUUUUAUAGAAGAUUCACAAGCAAAAUUUUUGAAGACAAAGUACCAAAUGAAAAUUUGAAGAAUGACUGUUUGCAAGAAUCUGAUGAGCUUAAUGGUAAAGAAGGUUAUAUGAACAGAUUAAAAGACGACGUUUCUGUAAAUCAUUGUGUAAAUGAUGAAUGUAAUGACAAUGUAACAGAAAGGUCGAAUGUACUUGAUCCAGCAGAAAUUAAUUUAUUUUUGGAGAAAUUAGAUUAUAAUUAUAAUAGAGAUAUAAAUAGAACUGUACCAACAACAAGGGACACAUGCAAUGCAAAACAAACUACUACAGUAAUGGGUACCUAUAAUCGUAGUUUUGACAAUGUAACAAUGACUGUAAACAAAAACCAACCAGCUAUACUGAAUGAACACAAUUCAGAAAAUAUUACAGUACUAGGCAAAUUUAAUCAUGAUCUUGAUGAUGCAUUAUAUGAUAUAAAUGAGAAGCCAUUAGGACCAUUGGAUGUAUGUUCAGAAGAUCUUUCCCAUAUUGAACCUCGUGUAAUGCCAACUUAUAACUUUGCAAGAUUUGCAAAUGAUUCAAUUACCAUUCAGCAGUUAGUAAAAUUAGGAGUGGAAUUAUAUAAAUUAGAAGCAGACAGAGAUGUAGUAGAAAUGAUCCUAAGCCUUGACUUCGACAAGGACAUAAAACCGUAUAUAAGAUUUUUAAAUGAUUGUGGAGUACCACCAGAAAAUCUUGGCAAGUUUAUCACCAAUAAUCCUAAAAUUUUCAAAGAGGACUUAGAUGAUCUUCACACAAGGAUCAGAUAUUUAAUGGCUCAUCAUUUUAGUCCUGAUAUGGUACAAAAAAUAAUCAAUUCUAAUCCUUUUUGGUUGUCAUUUAAAAUAAAAGAUAUAGACAGGAGAUUAGGUUACUUCCAACACCAUUUCAAACUAAAUGGUCAUAGAGUACGACUUUUAGCUGUAAAGUGUCCUAGACUUAUAACAUAUCAGAUGAAACAUUUAAUGGAGAACACUUUCGCUGUGAGAGAGGAAAUGGGUUUCGAUAAAGAACAGACACAACUUCUUCUGAUGAGAGUACCACGUCUGUGGAUGAAUGCCAGGAGCAAAAUAAUGAAUAGUUUUGAUUAUGCGCAUAAUGUAAUGAAGUUAUCACAUGAAAUUUUAGUCAACCAACCACAGAUUUUAACUUGUAGGAAGAUCAGGCUCCAGCAAAGGCAUUCGUUUUUAACAGAAUUAAAAAAGACCCAGUAUGAUCCUACAAAACCAUUGUAUGUAUCACCACUGGAUAUAGUGUCUGGUAAUGAUAUUAAAUUUUGUAAAAAUGUAGCAAAAGCAUCAAUCAAUACAUACAAUAUGUUCUUAAAAUCCAUUUAG